AUGUCUGUGGAGACAACGCCGGCUGCUCCCGCGGCACUAGCCACCGCCAAUUUGGCCAACAUUGUUAACAUUUUGGGCUCCAAUGUGCGCGACGAGUCGUCGCCCCAAGGCGGCCGCACGCCUCUGGGCAGCAGCCGCAACGUGCGCUUGGCCAGCAGCGGGCAGCCGCGCCGCAGCGCCUGCUCCUCGUAUGUGCCCAAGUCGCCGCAGCUGGAGGAGAUCAUCUUGGCCGAGCCGAGCUGCACCGAGCGCUUCGCUCGCUACUUUGUCAUUGUCAUUUACUUGUGUGGGCUCUGUAGCUUGGGCUUCUUCCUGUCCAUCUACCAUGUGUUCUUCUGGGAGUCGCGCAUGCCGCCUGUCUUCAAGGGCCAAAAGAAGCCGUCGCCGCCGGCCUUUGGCUAACAACGGCUCAAUUAAAUCACAUAAAUAAUUCAGAAAUUCCAAUAGUGAGCUCUGCUUGACAAAAUUGUGAUACCCGAGAAAAUUGCCAUACGCCUAUUAAACUCAUCGGAAGUCACCGCAGAGCAGUUCUACAAGCAC